GGUGUUUUCAAAAUACUGUGACGAAUGCAAAAUCGACUUCAUUUUACACGAGACUCCAUCGAGGAAACCAGAUAACAGGUUGAAAUGGCGGCCGUUCUUGGCCACUACAACUUCUGGAACAUAACAAGCGAGCAAGCUCUUGAAGAAGGAUGGCUAAGCCUACAAAACGUGAGGCCACUUUCAGCGAUCAGCGCUGCCUUAUCGAUAGCAAUGGCACCAGUAAUCAUAUUUGGAAAUAUUUUGGUCUUAGUUGCAGUUUGGAAAGAUCCUCUCAAGAAACUCCGAUCAUCACCCUCUAACCUCAUUUUGACAUCCAUGGCCAUAGCAGAUCUUUUAGUUGGCUUGGUGGUUUGUCCAAUAACUGCUUAUUGGGGCUGGGUGAUAUCUUUCCGAGGAGAAUCACCGCUAGAUCUUUCUGUGAUAUUUGCCCUCAACGUUUUCUCUGUAAACGUGAGUUUUGGUCAUAUGUUCCUUCUAACAGUAGACAGAGUCUUCGCCGUA